UGUCUCCCUGCCCAGCAGUCCUUGCACAAAGCUCUAGAAAACUGUGAAAGUGCCUUCAGCAUAAACAAAUCCAGAACUCUCCUAGGACAAAUCAUUUGCCAACUAAAGGAAAGGCCUGGGGGUUUAUGGUUUCGCUCGGAGCGAGAGGUGGAAUCUCUCUGGGGGGACGAGUUGGACUAGGCAUCGGUGGAUGUCACUGCAGCAAAACAAGAUUAGCUGAAGAUGCUCUUUGCCUGUGACCUUUGAGACUAAUCACAACCAAGAAGAGACCUGUCAGCUCUGAGGUCUGGGGUCUGCUCUUUCCUGUGCGAUAUUCCUGGUGACACCCACAGCCAUCUUGGUGAAGGGACAUAGAUGUGCCGAGUCUUGGAGCCCCCACACCUUGAAGCCUCCAGCACAUGCCACUAAGGAAGGCUUGAGUCGUGCUCCCUCCCAGGACUUCCUCUCAUCUCUGCAGGAUGGACGUGGAGUCGCCAGAUGGGCUGCUCUUCAAAGACGGUGACUUCUCCUCCGACUUGCUGCGGCAGCUCAAUGGCUUAAGACAAAGCAGGAUCCUGACGGAUGUGAGCCUCUGCACCGGCACCCAGGAGGUCCCCUGCCACCGCAAUGUGCUGGCCUCCAGCAGCCCCUACUUCCGGGCCAUGUUCUGCAGCAGCUUCCGGGAGAACAGAGAGGCCAAAGUCCAGCUGAAAGGCAUCGACUCCCCGAUGCUGGACCAGAUCGUGUCCUAUGUGUACACGGGGGAGGUGCGCAUCGCCGCCGACAACGUCCUUCCCUUGAUGGAGGCGGCGUCCAUGCUGCAGUACCCCAAGCUGUUUGAGGCCUGCUCCUCAUACCUGCAGAGCCAGCUGGCCCCCAGCAACUGCCUGGGCAUGCUCAGGCUCGCGGAAAUCCUAAGCUGCGAGACCCUCAGAAAAAAAGCCAGGGAGGUGGCCCUGACGUACUUCCCAGAGGUGGCCGCGUCUGCUGACCUGAAGGAGCUCCGCGCCCUGGAGUUGAGAGCCUACCUCGGAGACGACGGGCUCUGUGGGGAGGAGGAAAAGGUGUUUGAGGCUCUCAUGGCUUGGAUCAAGCACGACCUCCAGGCCCGGAAACGACAUGUGCAGGAACUGUUCGAGCAGGUCAGGCUCCAGUACAUCCACCCAGCCUUCUUCCACCACUUCAUCGCCAACGACGCCCUCCUGCAAUCCUCACCCGCGUGCCAGACCAUCUUGGAGAUGGCCAAGAGGCAGAUGUUCUCUUUGUACUGUACCAGCGUUGCAGACUGCAAACCCCUGUCGUAUGUCCCUCCAAGAAACUCUUACCAAGAUUUCCUCAUCCUCUUGGGGGGACGGAAGGACAGCCAGCAGACCACCAGGGAUGUCCUGCUGUACAGCAGACAGACUGGCCAAUGGCAGAGCCUCGCCAAACUCCCCACCCGCCUGUACAAGGCCUCGGCCGUCACCUUGCACCGAAGCGUCUACGUGCUCGGGGGCAUGGCUGUCAGCUCAGGGAGGAGUCUGGUCAGCCACAACGUCUACAUCUUCUCCCUGAAACUCAAUCAGUGGAGGCUGGGGGAGCCCAUGCUGGCAGCCCGCUACUCUCACAGAAGCACUGCCCAUAAGAACUUCAUCUUCUCCAUCGGGGGCAUUGGGGAAGGGCAGGAGCUCAUGGGCUCCAUGGAGAGGUACGACAGCAUCUUCAACGUCUGGGAGACUAUGGCCAGCAUGCCAGUGGGGGUUCUCCAUCCGGCCGUUGCUGUGAAAGACCAAAGACUCUACCUCUUUGGGGGAGAGGACAUCAUGCAGAACCCUGUGCGCCUUAUCCAGGUUUAUCACAUUUCCAGAAACACGUGGUUCAAAAUGGAGACUAGAAUGAUCAAGAAUGUGUGCGCCCCUGCAGUGGUGCUUGGGGAGCGGAUUGUCAUUGUGGGAGGUUACACAAGGAGGAUUCUUGCCUAUGACCCUCAGUCCAACAAAUUCGUCAAGUGUGCGGACAUGAAGGACCGGACCAUGCACCACGGGGCCACGGUGAUGGGGAACAAGCUGUAUGUGACAGGCGGGCGGCGGCUGACCACAGACUGCAACAUUGAAGACUCGGCCUCCUUCGACUGCUACGACCCUGAGACGGACACCUGGACUUCCCAGGGACAGCUGCCUCACAAGCUCUUCGACCACGCCUGCCUCACUCUCCAGUGUAUACCCCACAGGUCCCCAUUUCCAUGAGGCUGGACGAGAAACCUGCCUCAGUCGAGAUGCCUUCUGCUGUAAGGGACGGAAACCCAGCUCCAAAGAGCUCAACCCUAAAAGCAUUAACAACAGGGAGAGCUCACAGGACUCAAGUGCCAGAGCGUGGAGGCCUGGAACCAGGCAUAGUAUUGCUGGAACUGACGCUCUCAACUCUCUCUCUCCCCUCCCAUCUCUGUCUUUAUCCUGUCUCUCCCCUACCCCCAUGUCCUCUCCCUCUCUCUCUCCUUUCUUCCCUUUCUACCUCAUUUCUAUGAAGCUUCAUUCUACAAACGAGCUUCUUUAUCCACACAGGGUGAGGACAAUGAUGACUGACAAACUCAGACUCACAUCCCCUGGCUUUGCAUCUUCAGGAGAGCACUUUGCUUUAUCUAUAUAUUAAACCCAUAAACGAUGCUGAUGA